AUGAUGGUAGAAUCUUUGGAUACACUUACUUCUAAUGAAUUAAACUUAAUACCACAAAUAAGUAAUAUUAUUGACCAAAUAAAAGUUCUCAAAAACGAUUGCAAAUAUGAACACCUAUUAUCUAUAUAUGAAAUUAUAGAUAUUUUUUUUUCUAAUCUUUACAAGUCAAAUAUAUCUAUGGAAUUUUUAGAAUACAUUGAAUUAGUUACAAAAUUUUUAUCAACACCUAUAGAUAUUCGUUUGAUUGUUGUAAAAUUAUUGUUAAAAAAACCUACAAAAUAUCCUGGAAGAAUAUUUAAUAAAGAUGAACUUCAGAUUCUUUCUCAGAAUUCGAAUAAUAUUAAUGAAUUUAUUAAUAUUGUUUCUAGGGAAAAAAUUUCUCUACAUUUUAUGAUUUCAAAUACAUUUCGUCAUGAAAGAAUUGAAUAUCAAAUGGGUAUCACUGGAAAGGAGGUUAAAAAGUGUUCUGUUGAGAAUCUUAUGGAUACAGUAGCAAAGAUUAUCAAGCAAAAUAAACUAAGAGGUGUCUAUAGAAUCAACUUUUCAUUUUAUAAAAUGUUUUCUUCAAUGGUAAUAUUUAUCUACAGUAACAAUAUUUCAAGACUAACUCUUGAACAUCACAAUAUAAUUGAAUUUUAUGUAAACAAAAAGCUCAAAUACAUGGUUAUGCCAAAUAUCGAAUUAUUAGAAGAGUCAAAAUUAAAAUUAUUUACUGAUAUUGUUAUGUUAUAUUUUAGUAUUAUCAAUAGUAAUCACAUUGUUACAAAUAAUGACAAAUUUUCAACGUACACUUUAAGUGAGGCAUCAAAAAACUACAAACUUUUGAUGGUAGACAAAAGUUUUAACAAAUUUACAAAAGAAAAUUUUCAAAAUUCACCACAUUUUAUCUUGUUUAAAUGUAUGAAAUUCAUGGCAGGUAGUUUUGCUUCAUUUUCAAGAUUUGACAUAGCAAAAGAAUUAUUUGAGCCAAUAAUUUCUACUGUCUUUUUUACCAAAAUUCCUGAUUUUCUACAAUAUGGGUUUCUGUAUGACUACUGCAAAUUAUUAAAAAAAUUAGGUGAAAGGAAAAAAAUUUUAGAAAUUUCACAAAAGUUAUGUGAAAGAUUAAAACAACUACCUUUGUAUUAUGCUGUGGUUUUUUACAAAUUGUACAGUGAACAAAAAACACUUAAAAAAAAUGAGAGUAUUAAAUUUUUUGGUGAUCAUUUUUUACCUAUACUAGAGGGAACAAUAGAGGGAACUUCAAAAGGAAAUGUCAAGUCUUUAGAACAGUUACGUGGAAUAAUAUUAAAGGAUUUAAAAAAGUUUAUAAAUUGUUCAAAAGGGGGUAUUCUAAAUAAAAAUUUAUGGGAAGAAGUCUGUUUAAUUUUAAUAUUUAACCAUCUUAGUAUUGAAGAAAUUCAUAGCUUUUUUUAUACCGAACAUUUUCCCCUAUUUUCUAAGGAAAAAAUGAGAAGUCUCGUUGAAAAAAGUUGCAAACUUUUGUUGAAUUUGAAAAGUCAAAAAAAUUAUGCAAUCAUUUCAUCAAAUCAUGAUCAAUAUUCAAAGUUUGUAAAAGAACAAGAAUAUGGAAAUGUCAAUUUUGUAAAGGUUUAUGGUGUAUAUGUUAAAGAAUCCUUUUCGAGAAUUGAAUCAAGAAUUUAUUUAUUUAUGGGAUUCAAAUAG